AUGUUAUCAGAACAAAUUAAGUAGAUGCUGCAUCAAUAAACCAAACCCUUUCUCUCGCAGACCUUCUCUCGAAAAAUAAGCACUCCCAACAAGAGAUCCCAAGCACUCUCGACUUUAUGUGCCCAAGAUCUCCCCUCUUACUCACCAUCUAAGCAGAUCCUUUCAGAUUAAAAACCUAUCAGAUUCCAAACCAUAGAACAUCAGAAGACUCAACAACCAAGUUCUCAUAAUGCCAACUCAGUUAGUUGCCAAACCAACAUGUCCCUUUGUUGCUUUGAUGACCCCUUACCUGACAUUCCUCCUUCAGAUCCAAUAUGGUUACAAAUCAUACCACAAGAAACAUUAAAAGGUUCAUCUGUCGAACAACUAUUUAGAGAAAAUAAAGAAUAUUUUUAUUACUUAUUGAGUUAGUACUUCAAAGAACAGAUUCAAGGGGAUUUCAACAUAACUAAAUUACAAUCACCUAUUAAAUGCAAAACUCGCAACGACUAUGAUUUCUAAUAGAGAUCUUCCGAGAAAGUUCAACUUAAUAAAAAUUCCUUCUAUGAAAAUUAUAAGUCUCCAUAGCAUUUACAAUUUGCCAAAACUUCUUACAAAUCUGACUUCACAGGAUAUGCUCCUCAAAAUUACAACGUUAAAGCAGAGAAGCCUAAAUACGAGAAAGCAAAGUAACAAAUAGCCACACUUAUAUCCUACAAAGUAAAAGGAAUUUCUUAUUGUUAGACUAAUGAUAAUAACUAUGAAUAGAAUCAAAAAAUGAAUAGAUUAACAGCUCCUCGAUUAUCUACAUCUACCGAAAUCAGAAUCUAAACUUAUAAGAACUACAAUUAAGCCCUUGAAUAGCCCUAAUUGAUAGAAUAAACUUAAAAUUGCAAAAAUAAUUAUACAAAAUUGUAUUUCACUCAUCCUUUAAUUAAGGAAUCCAUUAUCAUCCAAGGGUAUCUUUUUUGAGAAGCAAUCAGAAUCAUACUUUUAAUAUCCACUUCAUCCAUUGCCAAGAUCCAGCAAAACCUUUCUUAAACAAUAUACAACAAUCAUUAAAAAGUAAAGAUAAUCUAAGAAAUUUCUAGAGAUAUUUAAGGACCCAAAAUUGGAGAUGUUACCUAGAUGAAAAAUUGGAGACAAAGUGUCAUUAAAUAAAUGAAUCACUUAAGAAGGCUAUCAUAGAACUGA